AUGGCUUUUCCAUUAGAGCAAUCACAAUUAUUAAACCAUUUAAGGACUUCUUAUUCAAUUUUAGGAGAAGAUUCAGAAUAUUUCAAAAGAAUAUUAAAUAAUGAUCCAAUUAAUUUAACUACAAAUAAUUAUAGUAAAAGUAAUAAUAAGAAUGUGAUACUUCAAAAUUCACCUCCAAUUACUUUUGAACUAUCACAUCAUAUCAAAGAUUCAAUUCAUGAACAAUACAAUACUCGACACCGUCAUCAUCAUCGUCAUAAAAAGUUGACAAACUCCCAAAACAAUAUUAUUCCAUCAAAUGAAAUCACCAAUAAAAAGAGUAAUACACAUUUAAGGAAAAACAGUUCAUCAAACACUAAACAUACGGAAUCACAAACUCCACACGAGAUAAAUGAAAAUGACGAUAAAGACAAAGAUACAAAAGGUCAUGUCAAUGGAUCAUCAAAAUCAACAACGAAUUAUUCGAGUAUUUUCGAAAAUAAUUCAAUCGCAAAUUUCGAUACUGCAUCGAUAUCCAGUAAUGAUGUAAAACAAGAAACUGAUCAAUCAUUAACAUUGGAAACUGGUCCAAAUAAAAAGAAAAUGAAUUUUGCAAUUCGAUAUCCAUUGGGAACUAAAACUCAAAACAAAGCAAAAUCUAAAACGAAAUCAAAAAUACCAAUUGUAAGACUUUUUCAAUCAGGUAAAACGAACACAAGCUCCGAUUCAGACAUGAGCGAUGAAGAUGACUUAAUAAAUUCAAGGAAAAGGUUCAAUGUUGAUACAAUUGAGGAGUCCAGAGAAGAAACCACUGAUGAAUAUAGUACUGAAAACGAUCCAAGUAAUGAUACUGACAAUCAUAAUAAUUCAAAUGAUGGAAUAAGUAUAGAUAGCGAUUUUGGUGUUCCGGUGGACAAAACAGGAAAAGUGGUGAAAAAUAAACCCAUCAAAAUAUCAGAUAAGCCAAAAGUCUUAGUUGAUGAAGAAAAUUCACAAAAUCUUGAGAGUGAUGAAGAGACUGAUACCGAAGAAGAUGAAGCAGAAGAUGACUCUUCCAAUGACUCUGAAUUUACUGAUUUAGACAAUGAUACAAUUUUAGAUUCAUCUUUGCAAUCAAAUUCUUUCACGAGCGAAUUGGGAAAAGUAAUAGAUAAUAAUGUAAAUGUUUUACUGGAUUUUGAUUCAAAAGAUAUGAGAAAAAAGAAAAGAGGAAAUACAAUAAGUGAUCAUACAGUUCCUAAACAUUUCGAACCGAAUUUUUUAGAUUUUGAAGAAUCUUUGAAUUUUACCUCGAUAAGUCGUCAAUCGUUUGUCAAUCUUACUCCAUUAGAAAAAUCAUCCAUUACUUUUGAUAAAAUUAAACCAAAAUCUAGAGCCACUACUAAAUCAAAUUUAAGUACAAUCAUAGAUUCCAAAUUCAAAUCUACUAACGUGAAUCCUUUAAAUUAUUAUUUAUUUGUUGAUGGAACAUCAUGUGAUUCACCAUCUAAUGUUGCUCAACUUGAUAUCUUUUUACCUCCAAAGAGAACUCCAACUUUGAAAAAUAUUAGUGUGAAUAAUACAGUCACUAUUGUUGAUUGUAUUGGUUUCAUCCUAUUGAAAUUAUCUAAAUUCACUGAAUUAAAUAAAAUAAAAGACUCUUCAUAUUUGAAUCCAAACUUUUGGAGGUUGGAAUUAGUUGAUGAAGAUGGUGAAAAUUAUGGUAGUUUUGGUAUAUUGGAUAGAAAUAGAAUUUUAGCGUCUUACAACAACCCCAAAGAAUUAGCAUUAUGCCGAGUGAAAGAAGUUAAAGAGAUUGAUUCAUAUGAUAAAAAAUCACCAUUACCUAUUGAAUUUCGACAAAAUCUUAGUGCUUUUGAGAGAAAAAAGAAUAGCAUUGAUCAUGUACAAGCGUUAGAGGGAAUCCCGCAGAUUGAAUUAAUGAUUGGUGUUUAUGAAUAUGAUAACAGUGGGAUUCCAGAAAAAGUGGCAUUUAAAGUACCUGCAACAUAUACCAUGGGACAAGUUUUGAAAGAGUUUUGUUUACAAAAGGGAUUGAUUACUACAAAGUAUAGAUUUAAAAUGGUUGAUGAAACUACUGAUAAAAGUAAAUUCGUAAAAGAUGUUGAAAUUUGUGAAAAUUUACAACUGAAAGUAUUAGAGUUGGUUCCAUCAGAAGCAAAAUUUAAUUUGGUGAUUGAGUCUGAAGAAGAUAAAGCAAUGAUUGGACCGACUAAUACAACAGCUUAUUCAAAUAUAACUCCAGCUGAUUCUACUUUACCAUAUAUCACACCUAAUAAUGGACAUUUAUCAAAUAAAAUGCAAAAAUUAUCUAUUGCUGAAAACCCUGUACCUUCCAUAACUCCCGAACAACAACUUCGAAGAGAAUCAGUAAAUUCAACAAAAUCCAUCAAGGAAGCGCUUACUUCUAAUAAAUAUUUAGAAGACAUAAUAAUGGGAAACAAUCCUCAAUUACCUACAAAUAUUAAUUCAAUUUAUUUUAAAUGGAAUGUGUUAAAAAGUAAUAGUAAAAUGAAAAAAAUGAAAAUUAAAACAUUUACUGAAAAAAUGUUUAUCAUUGAUGGUGAUUACAUUCAUAUAACUCCAUUAGAUGACGUACUACUGAAAACUAUAGGAAACGAUUCUUCUAUAGCAGCGGCUACAACACAACCACAUCAAUCACACUUUAAUCAACAUCAUCAUAAUUUAAAUCAUCACAUAAACAAGACUGCAAAUACAAAAACAUAUUCAUUUCAUAUCACUCAAAUUUUAAAGCUGAAACAAUACUCAAAAACACCUAAUCAUUUUAGAAUUAUAGUUCAAAAACAACAAUCAGAUCAAAUUCAUAAUGAUGAUAAUAAAAAUUCAAAUUCAAAAGAUUCACAAUUAAAGAAAUUUUAUUUAGUUGCAGAAUCUGAAAUUGAAUGUUCAGAAAUUAUAAAUAAAUUACAAUGGGUACUUCAAGUUUAUAAAGUUUCAAGUGGGGCUAUUUAA